UUCAGGUGCUCUACACGGACGUUUGAUGGAUUCAUCUAUCUGCAAUGAGUGGAGUCCCCACUGACUCCGGUGGACUCACACAAAGAACGCCCUUUCGCUCUCUGUCCCGCUUUGCCUCCCACCCCCGCCACCACCUCAGUCCCACAGUGCACUCACACGGCACCGAAAGACCAAGGUGACGGUGGCCGUGGUAGACAGAAGGCAGGCCAGUGAGCUGCCGGGAGGUGUGUCCAAUGCAACGACGAGAUGACAGACUGACUGAGGGUCUCAUGUCGGGCAGAUACACAGGGCCGGCCUGUCUGUCUGUCUGUCUGGUGUGUGUGGGUGUUGCUUGCUUCCUUUGGUCUGUCCUCUCUGUCCUCCGGCCGCCGCCCCGCCACCGAUCCACCACACACCAUGCCACGAGUGACAUGGAAGGGUGGCGAGCAUGGCGACGAAGGACGACGAGAGGGACAGACGAAAGGCGACACUCAAGGAUGAAGGCAAAACACAGCAACAACAUGUUUAUCUUCCUCCCCGUCUGUCUGUCUGUCUGUCUGUCUGUCUGUCAAAGACAACAGUGGCGGCUGACCAUGGUCGACGGAAAAGGGAGAGGACCACCAUUCAUUCGUCAAACCAUGCCAGUGGCGGCCAGCUUGGGGCCGCUGUCUGAUACCCAGACACUUACAUACAUAAGCAUGAGCGAUAUGGACUGACUGCUCCCGGCCGGUGGGCAUAGCAGCCUAGUAUUACUUACCCACACCCUUCACACUGACACUCACAGGCUACAGCCGAGGGCCCGUACCGUACACCACCUUACCACGCACACAGACGAUAUGCACACAUCUAUAUAUAGACCAGACACCAAAGCCUCUCCCGCCCGCCGGCAACGCGCCAUGCAGGGAGUCUGGCACUAAAGGGAGGGAGAAGAAAAUCGCGCAGUGAUGUGUUGCUCGGUCGGUCGGUCACACGGAGAGCUCUGGGCGCCCCUCGCGGGACUCGUCGAGCACCUCCCUGAUCCAGUAGUUCAUCUCGCGCACGCCUUCGGCUAUCUGCGCAGACCGACAGAUGGAGGCCCUCUGCACGCACACACACACACACAGAGAGAGAGAGAGAGGUCAGGGUAAACGUGGCCGCUAUCCAUCUCUCCAUCUAGACCUCGAAGCCUGGUGGGAAGCUCUGCUCGCCAUAGAAACCCCACUGCAUUGCAUAUCAAAUGCCAGCACACACACACACGGGGGGGUUUGAGGAGCCGGUGAGGCUGGCAGGCAGGCAGGCAGGCAGUGAGUGCGGGAUUGAGCAACUGACCUGGUCAUGGUUGCCGCCCUCAACUAUGUGCCACGCAAAGUUGCCCCUGGGGAUGAUAUUUGCCGACAAGAACCGCUCAUCGAUCGUCCGAAUGGCAACUGACACACAACCCCAGCGAUCCACCCGCGCCCGCAACUGUCUGUCUCUUCUGGUGCUCACUAUCAACUUCAUCAUCGCCCUCUCUGAGAAAGUCCCGUGAGCCGACCACCAGCAGGAAUCGGAGUCUCGCCGCCCCCUCGCUGCCCUCCUCAGCCAGGCGGGUGAAGUUGGCGGUGCCGACCGCUCCAAGUGACCCCGCCACCAACACCCCGCCACGGACACGUGGGACGGAUGACGGUGUCGCCAUGUCGCUGAACGCCUCACAGAAGGCACCCACUGCGUAGCCGCCUGGGAAGCAGAUCCAUUCAUCCACAGACAGACAGACAGACAGAUGUUCAGACAUCCGCCACGCUGUGUGUUAUGCGUUCGCACCUGCCGAGUGUCCCAUUGCGAACCAGUCGGUGGUCUCAUUGCCGAACUUCUCGAGCACGGUGCCGCCCUGAUCCACCGGACUGAUGGGCGAGAGGUUGAUGGGCGAGAUGAGGGCCACAAUGAGGUACCCCCUGGCAGCCAGAGGCCGCAGCAGCCCGGCGUAGGCCUCGGUCGGGACGUAGGCACCCACAUAGAAGACGAUGCCGGCACGGUAGGGCUUCCUAUCCCCGCCGCCGCCGCCGCCCCGAAAGACAAUCCACCCCCUCUUCUCGUCGGUCUCCACCUGGACGCCAUCGCCGCUCCGCAGGUACUGCUUGCCCUGGUGCUCCACAGCGGGGUAGUGCAGGCCGCCUAGCACCAGCUGGAGAGGCCGGUCCGUGAAGGAGUCAUUCGAGCUGCCGAUGAGUGCGUCAACGAGCCUCUGCCGCUCGUCGAGGCGUGCAUUGGGGGCGAAAGAGUCGUCGUGUGUGUUUGGCACGGAUGGCGGUGGGCAUGGCAGCUCGUGCCAGGCCAAGUCGGCAUGGGUGACGUUGGGCAGCAGCUUGACAAGGGGGUUGAUGGGGUAGUGGGACAGGGAGGCCUGGAUGGCCGACAGGGGGACGGUCUCAUCGCUUUCACCGCCAAAGACCUGCACGAGGAUGUUCUUCUCCCUCAGCGUCUUGCGCUGGUCCUCAGGCACCCCCCCUAGAACGACCAGGCCUUUCACCUGGGAACCGGACACACAGACACACACACAGACACAGAUGCAGAGCGAUGGACAAUCAAUCGCAUGGUCAACAGGCGAGAGUGAAUGCACUGCAUUGCAUGUCUGUCUUGCCUUCGGAUGGAAGUUCAGGGCGAACUGCACAGCGGUCCUGACGCCCUUGCCCUGCCCGAGCACACCCCAAAACGCCACCUCGUGCUUCUCCAUCUCCUCCAGUAGGUCCCACACACACGUGCUACACGAAGGCACGAUCACCAAAGCGUUCCGCAGAAACCCUCCGCCCAUCACCAGCUCCGUCACCAGCUGGUGCGCCAGCGGCGCAAGGGCCCAAGAGUCGAUGGCAGGAUCAGGGAAGAUCAGCAGGCCGCGCAGCGACUCAUUGGCAGCAGCAGUGCGGCCUUGGAAGGUAAGAGUCCCCGCCGUGUCGGUGACGUUGAUGCUCUCGGUUGAUUCCAGAUAAGGCCGCACCGCCUCGAUGGGUCUGCAGAUGGGGUCAGACACUUGGGAAGCGGCAUGAGCGAUGAGAAGCGCCCAGAGCCCGGAGUUCUGAAUGAAUCUUGGCAUGCCGUCGAGGAAGGAGUUAUAGAUCACAGCGUAGCUCAAGUUGCGAGUAGAAGUGUGAGGAAAGCAGAGACAGAAGACCGGCCCGCUGUGUCAGAGG